UUACAGCGAAUGAGUCACAGAUCAAGAAAUUGAGUCUUGUGGCUUUGGUUGUGCAAAACACAGCCGUGGUUAUAUUCAUGAGGGCGUCUCGUCUUACGAAAGGCGAUAUGUACAUUACUUCCACCGCGGUGGUGACUGGAGAGCUCAUGAAACUACUCGUGUGCAUUGGGAUUAUAUUUAAAGAAAGGCGAUUUGAUGUACAGGCGACGACACAACACUUAAAGGAACAAAUUUUCGACAAUCUAGCCGACACAAUGAAGCUCUCGGUGCCCGCCAUCAUGUACACUCUACAAGGCAAUCUUCUGUAUGUAGCAAUCUCCAACCUCGACGCCGCGACGUACCAAGUGACCUACCAGCUGAAGAUCUUGACCACGGCCAUCUUCUCUGUAUGGAUGCUGGGCAAGCACCUGACGAACUUCAAAUGGCUCUCGCUGUUUAUUCUAAUGAGCGGUGUCGCUUUGGUCCAGAUCCCCACCGGAGAUACUAAGAAGGAAGUAAUCGUCGGUAAUCAGAUGCUAGGUUUAUUCGCCGUGCUGGCAGCGUGCUGUUCCAGUGGAUUUGCCGGUGUUUACUUUGAGAAAAUCCUCAAGGGUACAAGCGCUAGUAUCUGGAUUCGGAAUGUGCAGCUUGGUUCAUUCGGAUUCAUCAUUGGUAUGGUUGUGGUUGCAAUAAAUGACUACAGCGCCGUAGUUCAAAAUGGGUUCUUCUACGGAUACACCCCUCUGGUGUGGUUGGUGAUCACACUGCAAGCGGCAGGUGGCCUCAUCAUCGCAGUGGUGGUAAAGUACGCAGACAAUAUCUUAAAAGGAUUCGCCACCUCCGUAUCGAUUAUUCUGGCAUCUAUCAUCUCAGUAAUCUUCUUCGAUUUCCAACCGACUACACUAUUCCUCUUGGGUGCGAGUAUGGUGAUUGGUGCUGUGGGUAUGUAUAGUAGACCCGACCCCCCAGCGGCGCCUGUGCUACCUACCGAGAUGCUAUUGAAGUAGAAAGUUUUUAACAAAAUAGGUUUUAAUUGAGUUUUUCCAGUUGUUGCAGGGAUAUAUAAUAGUUCACAAUAAAAUAAACACACGUCAA